AUGACACUUGAGACUCUCUUUAGUUCCAAUUUCUUCACAUUUUUUGGGUCAAUGGCGGGUCUUGAAAACAAAAAAAUGCAAAAGGAGGAAGAUCUACUUAGGACUUUCAAUAAGCAGGUUGAAGAGGACAGGAGAAUUGUGAUAUCACGGAGCAAUUUAAAUGAAUUGCAUAAGGUUAUGGAGGAGCAUGAGCUAUCUUGCAUGGACUUGUUGCAUGUAAAUACUGAUGGUGUAAUACUGACGAAGCGGAAAGCCGAGAAAGUUGUCGGCUGGGCUAAAAAUCAUUAUUUAUCUUCAUGCCUCCUUCCUAACAUAAAGGGGGAAGAUUAUGUCCUUGAAAUUGCAAUUUCGAGGUUACAGGAGCAAGAAACCAUAUUCAAGAAGCCUUCACAUAAUUUGAAGAAUCUUGCCAAGGAUGAGUAUGAAAGCAACUUUGUUUCAUCCGUGGUUCCUCCGGGAGAAGUCGGUGUCAAGUUUGAUGAUAUUGGUGCUCUUGAAGAAGUAAAGCGGGCAUUAAACGAACUUGUGAUUCUGCCAAUGAGGAGACCAGAGCUUUUCUCUCAUGGGAAUUUGUUACGG